GACGGGAAUGCUUAGUCAGGAUCCUGAUUUCCUGUCGAAGUGUUUGGAUUUCCUGAAACCCGCGCCCUCGCCGCAGAGCGGGAUCGUCCAAGCAGCGCGCGUCGCUAGGGCCUCCUCCCCCCGGCACAUGGUCGCCCGCCCCUUCCUGCGCCGCGCUCGCCGCCCGAGCCUCGCCUGGCCGCCGCCGUUGCGGGCGGGCACUCCGCGUUUGGGCAGCCCGGCCCGCGCCCCCCACCGCGUCCGCAGCUCUCCGCCGCACCCUGCGUUCAGCUCCGAGAGCCCCGAUCACUCGGCCGAGGGGGCCGGGGCGCGGGCGUCUGCGGAGCCGUCGCCGAGCCCGCGAUGGAAUAAUGCCCAGCGGCUCGCCUGGUCCCGGAUGCCGGACCAGAUCUCCGUCUCCGAGUUCAUCGCCGAGACCACCGAAGACUACAACUCGCCUACCACGUCCAGCUUCACCACGCGGCUGCACAACUGCAGGAACACCGUAACCCUGCUGGAGGAGGCACUAGACCAAGAUAGAACAGCCUUACAGAAGGUGAAGAAGUCUGUAAAAGCAAUAUACAAUUCUGGUCAAGAUCAUGUACAAAAUGAGGAAAACUACGCACAAGUUCUGGAUAAGUUUGGGAGUAAUUUUUUAAGUCGAGACAACCCAGAUCUUGGCACUGCUUUUGUCAAAUUUUCUACUCUGACAAAGGAACUGUCCACACUGCUGAAAAAUCUGCUCCAGGGUCUGAACCACAAUGUGAUCUUCACUUUGGAUUCCUUGUUAAAGGGAGACCUGAAGGGAGUCAAAGGAGAUCUCAAGAAGCCAUUCGACAAAGCCUGGAAAGAUUAUGAGACAAAGUUUACAAAAAUUGAGAAGGAGAAGAGAGAGCAUGCGAAACAGCACGGCAUGAUCCGCACGGAGAUCACGGGGGCCGAGAUCGCCGAGGAGAUGGAGAAGGAGCGGCGCCUCUUCCAGCUCCAGAUGUGUGAAUAUCUCAUUAAAGUGAAUGAAAUCAAGACCAAAAAGGGCGUGGAUCUGCUGCAGAACCUUAUCAAGUAUUAUCACGCACAGUGCAAUUUCUUUCAAGAUGGCUUGAAAACGGCUGAUAAACUGAAACAGUACAUUGAAAAACUGGCUGCUGAUUUAUAUAAUAUAAAACAGACCCAGGAUGAAGAGAAGAAACAGCUCACUGCACUCCGAGACUUAAUCAAAUCCUCUCUUCAACUUGAUCAGAAAGAAGACUCUCAGAGCCGGCAGGCGGGCUACAGCAUGCACCAGCUCCAGGGCAAUAAGGAGUACGGCAGUGAGAAGAAGGGGUACCUGCUGAAGAAGAGUGACGGGAUCCGCAAAGUGUGGCAGAGGAGGAAGUGCGCCGUCAAGAACGGGAUGCUGACCAUCUCCCACGCCACGUCUAACAGGCAGCCAGCGAAGCUGAACCUUCUCACCUGCCAGGUGAAACCGAAUGCGGAGGACAAGAAGUCUUUUGACCUGAUCUCACAUAAUAGGACGUAUCACUUUCAAGCAGAAGAUGAACAGGAUUACGUAGCAUGGAUUUCAGUGUUGACAAACAGCAAAGAGGAGGCCCUGACCAUGGCCUUCCGUGGAGAGCAGAGCACGGGUGAGAACAGCCUGGAGGACCUGACCAAAGCCAUUAUCGAGGACGUCCAGCGGCUCCCUGGGAAUGACGUCUGCUGCGACUGUGGCUCAUCAGAACCAACCUGGCUUUCCACCAACUUGGGUAUUUUGACCUGCAUAGAAUGUUCCGGCAUCCACAGGGAAAUGGGGGUUCAUAUUUCUCGCAUCCAGUCUUUGGAACUAGACAAAUUAGGAACUUCUGAACUCUUGCUGGCCAAGAAUGUAGGAAAUAAUAGUUUCAAUGAUAUUAUGGAAGCGAAUUUACCAAGCCCCUCACCAAAACCCACCCCGACAAGUGAUAUGACUGUACGGAAAGAAUACAUCACGGCAAAGUAUGUAGAUCAUCGGUUUUCAAGGAAGACCUGUUCUUCUUCAUCCGCUAAACUGAACGAAUUGCUCGAGGCCGUCAGAUCCAGGGAUUUGCUUGCACUAAUUCAAGUCUAUGCAGAGGGCGUGGAGCUCAUGGAGCCACUGCUGGAAUCUGGGCAGGAGCUCGGGGAGACAGCCCUUCAUCUUGCAGUCCGAACUGCAGACCAGACAUCUCUCCAUUUGGUUGACUUUCUUGUACAAAACUGUGGGAACCCGGACAAGCAGACAGCCCUGGGGAACACAGCCCUGCACUACUGCAGUAUGUAUGGGAAACCCGAGUGUUUGAAGCUUGUUCUCAGGAGCAAGCCCACCGUGGAUGUCGUUAACCAGGCCGGCGAGACGGCCCUGGACAUAGCCAAGAGACUCAGAGCCACCCAGUGUGAAGAUUUGCUUUCCCAGGCCAAGUCGGGAAAGUUCAACCCACAUGUGCACGUCGAAUACGAAUGGAAUCUGCGACAGGAGGAGAUGGAUGAGAGCGAUGAUGACCUGGAUGACAAGCCGAGCCCCAUCAAGAAGGAGCGCUCGCCACGACCUCAGAGCUUCUGCCACUCCUCCAGCCUCUCGCCCCAGGACAAGCUGUCACUGCCGGGGUUCGGCACUCCACGGGACAAGCAGCGGCUCUCCUAUGGCGCCUUCACUAACCAGAUCUUCGCCUCCACGAGCACAGACUCACCCACGUCACCCACCUCGGAGGCACCUCCAUUGCCCCCUAGAAACGCCGGGAAAGGUCCAACUGGCCCACCUUCAACACUCCCUCUAAGCACCCAGACCUCUAGUGGCACCUCCACCCUGUCCAAGAAGCGGCCUCCUCCCCCACCACCUGGACACAAGAGAACCCUGUCUGACCCCCCCAGCCCACUACCUCACGGGCCCUCAAACAAAGGCGCAGUUCCUUGGGGUAACGAUAUGGGUCCAACAUCAUCCAGCAAGACCGCAAACAAGUUCGAGGGACUUUCUCAGCAGUCGAGCACCGGUUCUGCGAAGACUGCACUUGGUCCAAGAGUUCUUCCUAAACUACCUCAGAAAGUGGCACUACGGAAAACGGAAACCAGCCAUCAUCUCUCCCUGGAUAAAGCCAACAUCCCACCUGAAAUCGUCCAGAAACCGCCACAGCUGGCAGACUUGCCACAAAAGCCACCACCGGGGGACCUGCCCCCGAAACCCGCUGACCUGGCUCCCCCGAAGCCGGCCGACCUGGCUCCCAAGCCCCAAAUUGGAGAUUUGCCACCGAAGCCAGGAGAACUGCCCCCCAAGCCACAGCUGGGCGACCUGCCCCCCAAACCCCAGCUCUCAGACUUACCUCCCAAGCCACAGAUGAAGGACCUGCCCCCUAAGCCACAGCUGACCGACCUGCUGGCAAAAUCCCAGCCGGGAGACAUGUCGCCCAAGACUCAGCCGCUCUCUGACGUGGCCCCAAAGUCACACCCAGUGGAUCUCUCCCCAAAUGUGCCCGCCCGAGACGCCAUCCAAAAGCAAGCCUCGGAGGAUGCCAACGACCUGACGCCCACUCUGCCGGAGACGCCCGUCCCACUGCCCAGGAAGAUCAACACGGGAAAGAAUAAGGUGAGGCGGGUGAAGACCAUUUACGACUGCCAGGCGGACAACGACGACGAGCUGACCUUCAUCGAGGGCGAAGUGAUCGUGGUCACGGGGGAGGAGGACCAGGAGUGGUGGAUUGGCCACAUCGAAGGACAGCCUGAACGAAGGGGGGUCUUCCCAGUGUCCUUCGUUCACAUCCUGUCCGACUAGCAAAAAGCAGAACCUCGAGAUGGUCCACGCCCUUCAACGAGACUGCCGCCCCGUCACCUGUGCACACGUGUACACAGCCGCCACCACCGGAGCAGACACCCCCCGGAGGGCGGGUGCAGGAGUGGACUGUAGCAUUCGUUGUAAAUAAAUACCCUGUUGUUUUCCGCCUUUGCCAGUAUUAGGGGGGCCUGGGACCCAGCGCGCCGUACUGGUUUGCCAAAGCCAUCCUUGGCGUCUAGCACUUACAUCUCUGUCUGUGCUGUUUCCCAAGCGAACAGGAACAGAGGAGCGGCUGGCCUUGCAAAUGGAAGUGGUCUCCACAGCCGUCAAAAGGCGUAGAGUGGGCUCUGUGUUCCUCACAACACAGUGUUCUGAAUCAUGUCACUGAAAAUGCGACGAGAGCAAACAGGUGGGCUCUGUUACUAGGCGGGACUCUCAGCUCCGCCACGGGCCAGCCCGUAGUCGUCUGUGUGCGCCGCGUAUCGCUCCCCGCGCCGACUCUGGUAUUUAUUACAGGAAAGUGCUCAGUGCAACCUAAGUGUUACUCCUUCCGCAAAAUCAUCACUGACCCCAAAACCUUUGGUGGCAUUUUACUGUGCCCACAGCCUCAUGCGAGUCUAGACAAGUGGACUUAUACUGUCGUCUGAGGAGUGCCCGCCCCUGAGAUUUUACCUCAUUAUGCAAAAAUAACAUAGCCUUCGUGACUAUUUGACAAAAGUUUAAAACCCCUUGAGUGAAGUUCAACUGCCAGGAACCAAGGACUGCCGGGAAGUAGGAGCCUGUCUACCUUAUGCAUGCGUUCAGAAGCCCACCUGAAAUCUGCCUUUUAUAAAGGAACGUACGGGUCAGUUGAACUGUACAUUUUUUAAACCGGAUUGCCAUUAAAGCAGAAGUUAUAAGGUUGCAACAAUACUUGUUUCUGGUCAGUCCUUUAGCUUUCUCAAGAGUAUGGAUUUACAUAUCAUGUUGAGAAUUAGCAUCCUUCAAAUGUGUUAAAGCAUCUCAUGCGUCAGUUGUAAGUUAUUUUCGUAGUUCUGUUCUUGACACAUUUAAACUCGUAAAAGAUUACUCAAGAGGAUGACAGGUUUAAAAGUCAGCCUUGCACACAGCUCCCCGGCCGUAGGACCCAGGUGCUGAAUGAAACUAGCCUCUUCUUUUUUCCCACUCUUUUCUAAACCCGGUUGUAGAUAAGUUCUCCAGUCUCCGGCUCUGUUCAGUAGACGUGCUGCCUUCGGGUCAGUUCAUAACCAAGGUUUUAAACGCUGCUGUGAAUUGCACUGUGAAAAAGCUCUUCCCGAGAUGAGUCCCCCCCUUCUUGGUUUUCUCUUCACCCCAGUGUGUUUAUCGGACCACGAGCACGCCGUGCCUAUUUCGGCCCUUUGCGUGCGUCGGAAUUCUGAAAAGAAUAUUUUCAGUUCCCUCCCCCGCUGCUGGGACUGCACUGAUUCUGAGGCUCAGGUGUCAGUCUGGCAUUACAUCUGCUUAAACUACUUUGUUGGCAAUCGCACAGAAAACUAAUAUUUUUCAGCAGAUAAUCUUGGCAGUGAGUGAGACUCAUUCAUUUCCCAGAAGCACAACUCCCAACCGAGCCCUUAGGGAAAAUCGUCAUUUCUAAGCGUCACGGUGCCCAGGGAGUAUUAAUUUAGCUCUGCGUGAGUGGUGACUGUGAGGACUCGGGGUGCCCACCUAGUUAACAGCCCUCGCAUGGCAGACCCGCUGCACCAUCUCUUCUCAGCUGUUAGUGGAAAGUGAUUGAGCGGUUGCUUCCGUGGCCUCGCAGCACCUGUGAUCCCCACAGCCAGAGGCGGGGGCCGGCCAGCGUGCUGGUGCUCGGCCAGCCCCCAGCCUGGGGACCUCCGCCACACGGGUGUCAGGACAGGAAGUCGCCGUCCCUAGUUCCUCCGUGUCCUGGUUCAUUCAGUGACAUCUUUUGAGUUGCAUUUAAAAACGAUUCACUUCUGCAGCCUGUGGUAUUUUCAGCUGAUCUCCAAAUAAACUGGUUUCUAAAAAACCGCAUAAACUAGAUGUCUGAAAUGACUUGGAAUCAGUCUGUUCUUUAUCCCUUUUUGCAGCCAGUUAAACGCAUUUUUUUAAUGCUUUUUUCCCCCCCGGGUUUUGUCUUUGUUUUCCAUCAGGAAUCUGAGUUUUCUCUAACCCAGCUGACUGUGGGACAUAGGAAAACUGGGUAUAAAUACCUUUGCUGAUCUUGGUUGAGUUGAAAUCUGAUAUUGUUCUUAAACUCAGUGAGCCACUAUCUGCAAUUUUUGUACAUGAUAUAGUAUUUUGAAGGUAUGGAACUUUAUGAAAAAAUAGCUAAUUAGUUCUUUUUUUUCUCCUCAGAGGGGAAAGGUAUGUUCUGCAAAUAGUGUGUGUCUUAUUUUACUGUUGAACAGCAAUUGCUAUUUAUUUUUUUAUUGCCUAGAACUUUUCCCCUGUUGUAUAGGAAUCCCAUACGCCACUAGCUAAAUUCCGAAUUCUCAUCUGGAUGUUACGCUCCAACAUCAGUACACUCGUCAUUUCACAUGUAUUUAAUGUGACAGUUUUUUCAGUACUGUAUGUGUUCAUUUCUACUUUUUUUAAUAUUUAAAAUUGCUUUUAAAUAAACAUAUUCUCAGUUGAUCCCAAA